AUGCAGCCACCAGAUGAUGCCUCACGCGGCGGCGGAAUAAAGCCGCGGCCCAUAUGGAAGACGGUCUUCAAAGAUGCCGUUCCUCUACGCUCGAAUCGCGGAAUUCAGCAGUUCGAUGAGGAUGAGACUACUCGCAGGGAAAUGACGCUACAGUAUUACAAUGCGCGAAAUGUCAACAUUGCAACCGGAAAUUAA